AUGGAACACAAAACAGCCCGAUCUCGCUCUACGCGCACCAAAGCGAAGGCCUUCCUCACGAGCCACUUCCUAUACUUCUACCUGCGCAGCCUGUUCCCGACGCACAAGGAGUUCGACUACAGAUGGGAGUGGAAUCCAUGGACCUACGCCAAGAAGCUCGCCGCGCUGGAGGAGACCGGCAAGAACAGGUCCAAGCACAAGCAGAACUACCCCUUGCCUCUCAUCGUCAUCUUCUAUUCCUGGGUCGGUUCGUUUGUGGGUAUUGCUGUGGCUGCGAUCGUCACGCAGUACGGGUUCAGUCACCUCGAUAAGCCACUUCUCAUCGGUUCGUUUGGUGCUACGGCGGUGCUGAUUUACGGCGCGCAGCAGUCGCCGCUGGCCCAGCCCAAGAACGUGCUGGGCGGCCACGGCAUCGCUGCGCUCGUGGGCGUUACCUGCUACAAGGCCAUGGGCAGCGAAUGGUAUUCGUGCGCAUUGGCCGUCUCGCUGGCGAUCGCCUUCAUGCUGCUCACCACCACGCCCCACCCUCCAGCCGGUGCCACCGCUUUGAUAGCAGUGACGGGAGGAGACACGGUGUACGAUGCCGGCUACUACUACGUGCUCACCACCCUGUUCGGCGUGAGCAUCAUGUUGGGCGUCGCCCUUCUCUGGAACAACCUCCCGCGAGCGCCGCACAUGAAGUAUCCGCGAUACUGGUUAUAA